GUCUGUGUCUGCCUAUCGUGGCUAUUUCUGUAUGGUCUAUCGAGGCCUGUCCGUGUCUGGCUAUCAUGGCUAUUUUUCUGUAUGGUCUAUCGAGGCCUGUCCAUUGCCUGCCUGUCGUGGCUGUCUGCGUCUGGCCUAUCGUGGCUAUUUCUGUAUGGUCUAUCGAGGCCUGUCCGUGUCUGGCCAUCAUGGCUAUUUUUCUGUACGGUCUAUCGAGGCCGUCUGUGUCUGCCUAUCGUGGCUGUCUGCGUCUGGCCUAUCGUUGCUAUUUCUGUACGGUCUAUCGAGGCCUGUCUGCGUCUGCCUAUCGUGGCUGUCUGCGUCUGGCCUAUCGUGGCUAUAUCUGUACGGUCUAUCGAGGCCUGUCUGCAUCUGCCUAUCGUGGCUGUCUGCGUCUGGCCUAUCGUGGCUAUUUCUGUAUGGUCUAUCGAGGCCGGUCUGUGUCUGGCUAUCAUGGCUAUUUCUGUACGGUCUAUAAAGGCCUGUCUGUGUCUGCCUAUCGUGGCUGUCUGCGUCUGGCCUAUCGUGGCUAUUUCUGUAUGGUCUAUCGAGGCCUGUCCGUGUCUGGCUAUCAUGGCUAUUUUUCUGUACGGUCUAUCGAGGCCGUCUGUGUCUGCCUAUCGUGGCUGUCUGCGUCUGGCCUAUUGUGGCUAUUUCUGUACGGUCUAUCGAGGCCUGUCUGCGUCUGCCUAUCGUGGCUGUCUGCGUCUGGCCUAUCGUGGCUAUUUCUGUACGGUCUAUCGAGGCCUGUCUGCGUCUGCCCAUCGUGGCUGUCUGCGUCUGGCCUAUCGUGGCUAUUUCUGUACGGUCUAUCGAGGCCUGUCUGCGUCUGCCUAUCGUGGCUGUCUGCAUCUGGCCUAUCGUGGCUAUUUCUGUAUGGUCUAUCGAGGCCUGUCUGUGUCUGGCUAUCAUGGCUAUUUCUGUACGGUCUAUUGAGGCCUGUCCGUGUCUGCCUAUCGUGGCUGUCUGCGUCUGGCCUAUCGUGACUAUUUAUGUAUGGUCUAUUGAGGACUGUCUGCGUCUGCCUAUCGUGGCUGUCUGCGUCUGGCCUAUCGUGGCUAUUUCUGUAUGGUCUAUCGAGGCCUGUCUGUGUCUGC